UCAUCAAAACAAACACAAUUUUACUUAAUCCCCUCACUAACAAUCCCUUCGCUAUUAAUCCCCUCACUAUCAAUCCCCUUCAUUCUACCUCUGAAAACAAACGGGGCCUUAGUGGGUUACUGUUGGAAUUAGGAAAUAGUGAUAUUAUAAUUAUGGUAGUGUUGGAAUUAGGAAAUUGUGAUAUUGUAAUUGUGGUAGUGUGUAUAAAAUCUAUGAUUGUGUCAAUCACAGAUUUAAUAUCUUUUUUUAUCUUCGUUUCCUAUUUUGUUCGUUUCCUAUUUUGUAAUAUUGUUUCAUUAUAAAUACAAGGCUCUACCUCAUUUAUAGGCAAGCCAAAUAAUUUUUUUUAUUCUUUUUGGUAUUAGAGCCAAAACACAGAAACCCUAGACCACCACUUCCUCCCUGUUGGCCCCUAUUCUUCACUGCCCAGCAGUUUCUUCAUCUUCUUUCUUCUUCUUCCAGCAGCCAACAGACCUCCUCUCCCCUCUAGACCACCUGACAGCCUAACUCACCACUCCUAGACCACCCGAAACCACUUACCCACCCUCCUGUACCCCUCGACAAGAUUGUAUUACACCUGUCGAGGGCCUUGCUGCUGCCAACCAGGUCUUAUCUUGGCCUAGAGUACUUCGACCAGGUCUUCCCCUGGCCUAGAUUGGUUCGACACCCUUUUGAGGGUGGUCUAAACCCUUUUUUUCUCUUUUACAGUAUGUAGUGCUAAUGCUUUAAGCACUUUUCUGAACCUCUUUUUUUCUUUUUUUUCUUUGUGGGCUACCUUGUUUAUUCGGUAGCAUUUAGCCGUUGAGUUUUUUUCGGCUUUUCUAGUUGUUUACUCGGACUGUGUUGCUGUAUUGCUAUCUAUUUCAACCCUCAUCAUCUCCCUGUGGAUAACUUAUCUUCUACCAUUCCUACUGAGGUAUCUACUGCGGUCUCCACCAAACAUGUGCCUGUUCUAAGUACUGAUUUUUCUCUUUCCCAUCACACUUCUAUUCAUCGUAUUAUAAGUGUGGUGUUGAAUGGGAAAAAUUUUGCUGCUUGGAGCCAUUUCCUUAAACUCUGUCUUGGGGGAAAGGGAAAGGGAAAGGGAAAGACCCAUUGGCUUUUAUCUACUAUUACCCCAUUAGCUGUGACAGACCUUACAUGUGCUCAGUGGAAUAUUGAUAACUGCACUAUAUUGGGAUUGAUGUUCAAUUCCAUGGAAGAUCGGAUUUAUCAUAUGUUUCUUUACUGCGAUAUAGUUCCAAGUUUGUGGCAGGCAUUGUCACAGAUGUACGCUUAUGCUCACAAUGAUGCACGUAUCUUCGAGCUUCACCAAGAUAUAGCCCGGGCCUCUCAGUCCUCUCUUGGCCUUUCUGUAGCUGAAUUUUCUGGAUAUCUUUAGGCUCUUUGGGAGGAACUUGCUCAAUAUGAGCCUUUGACUGACCUUCCACUAGAAACCGCCUCUCUUGUGUCCAAGAGGCUUGCCUGACAACACACUUAUCAGUUUCUCAUGGGUUUAAACUCUGAAUUUGAAUCCCCUCGAAUUCAAAUUCUAAACACAUCACUCAUGCCAUCUCUUUGAGGCUUUUGCCACUAUUGACAGUGAUGAGCGUCACCGGCGAUUGGUUCAACCUAGUGUUCCUUCAGUACCUCCAGUUUUAGCAGAUCAAAUGGCUUUUGUUGCGAGUUUUGGUUCUCUGAGUUCCACCGAUUCUGUUGCUUGUCAUCAUUAUGGUGCGCCUGGACAUGUCAAAGCUCGUUGCUUCAAACUUCAUCCUGAGUUGAGGCAAUGCCCUUCCUGUCCUCGUGGUCCUACUACAUGUGGUUUUGGCUCUGCUCGCACUACUGCUUUGAUAGAAGUUACUUCUGCUUUUGAGCCUCCUAAUGUCCCUAAUCUACAGCAGUUACAGACUCAGAUUGGUCAGCUUCAGGCCCAACUUGGGUCUCUCACCACUGGUUCUCUUGGUCUAUCAUCCUCUACUGCUACUCUUGUUACAGGUGCUUCUACUGCUUUCCAUGUUCGGUUUGCUAGUCCUUUAUGGAUUUUGGAUUAUGGGGCUAUUGAUCAUAUGACUGGACCUAAGAGAAUUUUUGGCAGGGGAUAUGAGCGCGAUGGGCUGUACUACUUUGGGGAUCCAUCAGACCAGCCUUCUUCGACUUUCGCUAGUUUUCAGGCGUCUAUUUUGCCUACUUCUAUAUCUUGUAUUUUUUUUGUUCAAACUUUAGAGUUAUGGCACGCCCGUAUGGGACAUGUUAACUUUCAAUAUUUAUGUCAACUUUUCCCGUUAUUAAAUAAAGCUUGCAAGGAUUCUAUAUUUCAUUGUGUUACUUGUGAGUUGUCUAAACAUAUCCGUACUAGUUAUAUACCACAUAUGACACGUGCCCCUUGUGCUUUUGACCUUAUUCAUUCUGAUGUUUGGGGUCCCUCCCCGGUUCUUGCUUUUUCUGGUCAUCGUUAUUAUGUGACUUUUAUUGAUGAUCACACUAGGUGCACUUGGGUUUAUUUACUUCGUCACAAGUCUGAUGGGUUUCCCAUCUUUGUUCAGUUUGUGCAAAUGGUUAAGACACAAUUUUGUACCAUUGUUAGGAACAUUCGCUCUGACAAUGGUGGGGAAUACAUCUCCAAUGAGUUUCGUUCUCAUGCAUUGUCUUCUUCGUGGUAUGAGUGCACCCAAGUCUUAUUAGCACAUGGUUGUUCUUACUAUUGUCUAUCUCAUUAAUAGGACUCCUAGUUGUGUGUUACAUGGCCUUGCUCCAUUCCAUAUCCUUAUGCCUAAUACUACCCUUUUUCCUCUUUUGUCUUGUGUUUUUGGGUGUACAUGUUUUGUUCAGAACCGGCAUCUCACUCGCACUAAGUUAGAUGACAAGUCUAUUUGUUGUAUCUUUUUGGAGUAUUCUUUCAUGUCUAAAGAGUGUAGAUGUUUUAAUCCCGUGUCUCGUCACUUUCACCAUACUCUAGAUGUUACUUUUUGUGAGGAUCUUCUUUUUUUUAGUCCUAACCCCCCGUUGCAGGUUUCCCCCUCAAAUAAGUGUUUGCCCAGUCCCCAUUUUGGAUGAGGUUGCGGAUGAGGUUGACCCUCCCUCUCAUCCUCCACCUUCGCCUCCUUCCCCCAUCCCCUGCAAGCUGCAGGUAUACUCUCGCCACCUUUGUGCUUAGCCCCUUCUUGCCACCUCUCCGGAUCUUAGGUCAGGUAAUUCUUCCCCUUUACAUACGUCUCCUUUCUUUUCUCGUCGUAAUCCUCAUCGGGAUCGACAUCUCCCCAACCGUUGGGGUUAUCUGUUAGUACUAAUCAUCCCAUUUCCUAAUAUCUCUCAUAUAACAGGGUUUUCGACUCAUAUCAUUCUUUCCUUGGCAAGCUUGAGUUUGAGUCUAUUCCUCAGUUAGUGCCAAAGGCCCUUCAGAAUCCGAAAUGGGUGGAGGCAAUGUAGACUGAAAUGGCAACUUUAGAAUAGAAUCAUACUUGGGAUUUGGUUCCUUAACCUUCUGGUGAGAGUACCGUGAGUUGCAAAUGGGUCUUUGCUAUUAAGUACCUACUUGAUGGCUCCGUUGACCGUUAUAAGACCCGUUUAGUGGCCAAGGGCUUCACUCAAGUUCUUGGAAAGGAUUUUGGUGCUAUCAUUGCACCAGUUGCCAAGCUUACCUCUUUUUGUCUUCUCAUUUUUCUUGUAGCAUCCCAUUCUUAGCCCCUUUAUCAGCUUGAUGUCAAGAAUGCCUUUCGGCAUGGAGAUCUUCUUGAGACGAUUUAUAUGGCACCUCCUCCUGGUGUUCGAGCUGAUGGGGAGUAUUCGGGGCAAGUAUGUCGACUGCGCAAGUCUUUGUAUGGCUUGAAGUAGUCUCCACGAGCUUGGUUUGGUCGUUUUAGCUCAGUCAUCAUCUCCAAGGGCUUUGUUCAGUGCUAUUCAGACCAUACUUGCUUCAUCCGUCAUAAUUCUGCAAGUCAGUGUAUAGUCUUGUUGGUGUAUGUGGAUGAUAUUAUUCUCACCAGUGAUGACUCUAUAAGCAUUGAUAAAGUAAAAUGGGAUUUGGGACACACCUUUGAUAUUAAGGAUUUAGGGAAUCUCAAGUAUUUUCUAGGGAUUGAGGUAGCUCGCUCACAGCAAGGGAUUUCCUUAUCUCAAAGGAAGUACACUCUUGACUUACUUAAGGAUACUGGCAUGUUGGGGUGUAAACCUGCUUCUACUCCUAUGGAUCCCAAUAUCAAGCUCACAUCAGAGUUUGGUGAAUUAUGUUAGGCGUCUCAUCUAUCUGACCAAUAGUAGACCUAACUUGUUAGUGUGGUUAGCCAAUUCAUGCAUGCACCUCGUACAGAACAUCUUGAUGCAGUUCAUCACAUCUUGAGUUAUUUGAAGACCUCUCUUGGCUUGGGAUUGUUCUUCACAGCUGAUCCUCAAUAUGGACUCUCCUGUUUUAUUGAUAUCGACUAUGCAAGAUUUAGAACGGAUAGGUAUUCUACUUUUGCCUUAUACACUUUCUAUGGUGAUCAUCUUAUAUCAUGGAAAAGUAAGAAGCAAACAGUUGUUUCUAGGUCUUCUGCAGAAGCUGAGUAUAGGGUUAUGGCAUAAGGCACUUGUGAGAUUAUAUGGCUGCGUUCUAUUUUGGCAGAGUUAGGAUUUGAGGAUACUGCUCCUGCUUCUUUGUUUUGUGACAACAAGUCUGUUAUUAUGUUGUCUUCUAAUUCUAUCCUACAUGAGCGUACUAAGCAUGUAGAGGUUGAUAUACAUUUCAUUCGAGAGAAGGUUCGGAUUGGUAUUGUGAGAUCAUCCUUUGUCUCUUCUUCUUAGCAGUUAGCAGAUAUGUUCACCAAGUCUGUAGGUCCAACAUUACUCCAAUCGUCACACUAGCUUGAGGGAGAGUGUUGGAAUUAGGAAAUAGUGAUAUUAUAAUUAUGGUAGUGUUGGAAUUAGGAAAUAGUGAUAUGGUAAUUAUGGUAGUGUGUAUAAAAUCUAUGAUUGUGUUAAUCACAGAUUUAAUACAUUUUUUUAUCUUCGUUUCCUAUUUUGUUAUUUUCCUAUUUUGUAAUGUUGUUUCAUUAUAAAUACAAGGCUCUACCUCAUUCAUAGGUAAGUCAAAUAAUUCUUUUCAUUUUUUUUUACGUGGGGACUUACCAUUCAAGCUAUCCCACAGAGGUUCACUACAUUGUUCUUGUGAUAAAUAUUCAUAAUUCUGUUGACCAAAUAUACUAUACACUUACAUAAAAAAUAUAGAUAAAAUUGCAAGAAACAAGAGUAUCUAUUUUAUUUUUUUUGAUAAAUAACCACACUUUAUUAAAAAAGUAUCAAGAUGAUGCAAAGAAUACGAAAAUAGAAGCCACAAAGGCUUAACAGAUUAACAAAUCAAAUCCUUCACAAAAUCUACAAAGGCUAAAAUAUCAGGAUCAACUAAACUUGCCACCCAACUAUACAAAACCAUAAGCAGCCGUCGUUUUAAACCAACCAUACAAGACAAUGAGAAGUAAGCAUCCACAUUUCUGACGCCUUCUCCCAACUCGACCCCCAAUCCAACUUUGCAAAACUAUCUUAAUUGAGUCCGGCUGCACAGAAGCCAAGCCCAAAGUCGCAACAAGAAGCAUCUAAAGUUGAGAAGUAAUCGGACAACGAACCAGUAAAUGAUCCACCGACUCCACGUCACCACAACAUAAGCAACACCAAUUGACCAAUAUGUGGCACGACAAAUUAAAUUAUCCAAAGUCAAGAUAUGCCCCAACAUGGCUGUCCAUACAAAAAAGGCCAUCUUGGAUGGCAUAUACAACACCCAAACACAUUUCCAAGGGAAAACAACUGCCUCCUCAUGAACAUGCACACCAUAAUACGAAGAUAUGGAAAACUUUCCCUUAGCCCCAGGACAAUCCCACACCAAAGAAUCCUGCCCAACCCCCCCAACUCGCAACUCAUAUAAAAAACUCAACAGCUCCACCAGUUGAUCUUGCUCCCAAUCCUGUACAUCGCGGCGCAAACGCACAUUCCAAACAGUCAGUCCCGUGCCCAGACCAACUAUUUAGCAACUACUAAUUAUUUAGCAACUAUUAAUAUUCUAGACCAACUAUGACUUCGAAUUCUACUUUAAUCGUAAUAGGAAAUUUUAAUGACUUCUAAUUCUACUUCAAUAUCAAAAUAGAAAAUUUGGACUUUUGACCACCUAGAUUAUUUUAGACAUAGCGGAUGUUUGGAAAUUUGCUAUUUUAGUAGUCUAUUUUAGUUUUUGGUUAUUUUAGUUGGCUAAAAUUUUUGUGUUUAGGAAGAUAGUUGAAUUUUUUUAUAGUUGGAUGUGAUGUUUGUGAGAGAAAAAGUG